UUUCAAGAGUAGCCCCAGCCGCUUUUGACGAAGUCAUCCUCGACUACAGCAUCGCUCCAUCUCUUCAAGAUGAAAAAACCCUUCUCGAUUCCGCUCUAUGUGAGAGCUAGUAUUAUCGCUUCGUGUGUAGCCAUGCUAUUUGGCCUCGAUACCGGCAGCAUCGGCCCGGUGACGACCAUGCCAUCCUUCCACCAGACGUUUGGAGAAUUCUCUCCCACCAUGCACGGGGUCAUUGUGUCGUCCGUUCUCAUCCCCGGAGCCCUGUCGGCUCUCGUCUCGGGUGCCAUGGCCGACCGGUUCGGGCACGUCCUCCUCUUCGCCCUGGGCGCCUUCGUCUACGGUUGCGGCGCCGCCGUCGAGUGCGCGUCACCCAAGCUAGGAGUUUUUGUCUUAGGACGCCUCAUCAAGGGCGUCGGCGAGGGCAUGUUUCUCAGCAACGUCUACGUUCAGGUGUCAGAAAUGUCCCCCGCCCGUGUCCGCGGGAUCAUGACAGCCCUGCCACAAUUUUCUAUCGUCACCGGCAUCGUCGCUGGAUAUUUCAUGUGCUACGGCACCGCUCGGAUAGGUUCAUCAUCCCUCGCGUGGCGGCUCCCGCUGGCAAUUGCCUCAUUCUUAGGUUUUGCUCUCUCCAGCACAUAUUGGACAGUCCCACCCUCUCCCAGGUGGCUGUUGAGCAAGGGGAGGUUCGAUGAAGCUCGCAUCGUGCUGGAUACGCUGGGGCUAGACGAUAGCGAGCGGGCCGUGCUCCUCGAGCAGUCAAUGUCGGGAACGUACGAACAGAAUGUCGAUGCGACACUCUGGGACACCAUACGGCAGACAUUUGUGGAGUUUGGGGAAGCCUUCUCGAAACCCUUUCGCAGCAGAACUGCUUUCGGCUGCUUUCUCAUGGCAAUGCAGCAGUUCAGUGGCAUCGACGGAAUAUUGUACUAUGCCCCGAUUCUGUUCACACAAGCGGGACUCAAAGGAGAGCAGGCCACUUUCCUCGCGUCCGGGGUCUCGGCGUUGGUCAUUCUAGCCGUGACCGUCCCCGCCACCUUCUUGGCCGACAAAUGGGGGAGACGGACUUCAAGUUUAUUGGGCGGGGUACUCAUCACGGCUCUGAUGAUUCUGAUGGGAUCGCUAUUCGCCGCCGGGCAAGUCCAGGCCGAAUCGGGGGCAGGGAAGUGGGUGGUCAUCGUUUCAAUUUACCUUUUCGCCAUCGUAUACAGUGCUACGUGGGCCAUCGGUUUCCGGACCUUCAUGGUCGAGAGCCUGCCGAGGAAGACGAGAAGCAGUGCAUCUAGUCUGGCUCAAAGCGCCAACUGGUUUGCAAACUAUAUCGUUGCACUGAUUACUCCAGUGCUAUUAUCCAAGUCCACUUUUGGAGCGUACUUCCUCUUUGCGGGCUGUUCUCUCGUCUGUACCGUGGUCGUGGCCGCUAUCAUGGUAGAGACCCGAGGGCACAGUCUCGAGGCAAUCGAAAAGAGAUAUUCCGAGAAAAAGGCCAAGGCCACGGGCAGGUGGAAAAUGAACGGUCUAAGGCCGAGGAGAUUCGCGAAUGAUGCCUAGUCUUCCGAGAACGACGAGUCGCUGACUACUUGACACCGAUCCGACGCACAUGGCGACAACAAGCAACGCGCCAUGCUUCCAUCGCGACUCGGGCCCUAGGCAAAGAAUGAAAACACACUCGCACACAUUCUAUCAUGCGAGUAGAUGGAAGAUGGCACAGUGCUCACUUGGGUCAGUUUGCAAUCCUUCUUCUCACCAAGGGGAACUGGAGGCGCUUGUUUGCGAGGCUACUCAGAAUGGCACAGUUAGGGUUCCGUUUGCUCAUAAACUAGUAGAAGCCAGAGAUUGGCUGAACGUCAAU